AAUCAUACUUGAAGCAAAGGUCAGUGAAAUGGAAGCCAGAGCGAUUCAAGCUGAAUCCAAGCUUAAUGCUUUCCAAAAAAAGACUGAGACAGAAUUUCAAAGGAUUCACACCCUAAUAAAGAGCAUCUCGGAGGAGCAUGAUACGCCAUUGCUCAAUACCUCAUUACCAACCAUUGGCCAGAAGACAAAUGGAACUUUUUUCGGUCCAAGACUUCAGGGACCCACAUGUGCUUCAUCCCCUAUUAAGACUAAGGAGAAAGCAGUUAAGAUUACUGAAACAAACCCUGAUCAAAGUGAUCAUAAUGGUAUAAAUGCCAAUAAGAAACCAAGUGUACUUCGCCCAGUUAAUCCUGUCGUAAUCCCAGAUAAACGUAAUGAAGAUAAACAUUCUAAGGAUGUGAAUCCUCAACGUGCUGAUUGUGUAAACCGUCGUAUUAAUGAUCGUAUUAAUACUCAUAGGUCUGUCAAGCAUUCUGUGGUUGAGCCUGUGACUCCGGAUGUAGAUCACAAUACAAGUCUUGAUGUAAGCCUGGAUGACCACAAAUCUUUUGCGAUGGUGGCAAGCAAGAAUAAUGACAGAUGGCAGGUAGCUGGCAGGCGCAAAGCAAACACUGCAGUGAAAACGAGGACUGUACCAAAACCUGCACUGCAAGGAGCCUUAACCCUUCAACGAGGAGAAUCUGCUAUGGUAUAUGUGGCCAAUAUUAAAGUAAAUCCUGAUAUGACAGACAAGGACAUAAUACAAAUGAUAGUAGACUUUAAUGCUGAUCGGGGUAUAACGAUAAUUCGUGCCUUUGUUGUGAGAGUGCGAGUUAGACUAGUAGUAGUUAUUAGGGAAUGA